AUGGAGAAGCUGGUUGUUUGUCCAUACAAAAGGCCAAAUGCUCUCUGUAGGCUGUUUUGCUUUCCGUGGGCUGGAGGUGGAACUUCUCAAUUUGCUCAAUGGGGCAAACUCUUCAGCAGCUCAGUUGAAGUAUCCUCUGUAAGGCUUCCUGGAAGAGAAUCUCGUCUUAAGGAGCCUUUUGCGAAAGACAUGACAACCAUAGCUAAUGAAAUUACUAGUGUUUUGUUAAAAGAAUUGCAAGAAAAACCAUUUGCAUUUUUUGGUCACAGUUUUGGAUCUUAUAUAAGUUUUGCAGUUGCACUGCACUUGAAAGAAAAGUAUGGACUAGAGCCGUUCCAUCUCUUUCUGUCAGGGGCACAUGCCCCACACUCUGAAGCAUUUCUUCCCCUCAAAACCGUACCCAUAUCUGAGGCAAAAGAUGAAGACGUUCUUAACUAUAUACAAGUUUUAGGAGGAACACCUGCUGAGCUGCUGCAAAAUGAAGACAUUAAGAAACAUCUGGUGCUUACUGUCAGAGAAGACAUUAGAGUUCUUCAGACAUUUUCUUUUGAGAAGGCAGAAAGGAAUAUCCCCUUAUCCUGUGAUAUUACCUGCUUUAAUGGGUCUGAAGAUAAAUCGCGUGAUUUAGAAGCCUGGCACGAUGUAACAAGUGGAGAUAUUUCCUUUUAUGAGCUUCCUGGAGGUCACUUUUAUCUGCUGGAACCCUCUAAUGAAACUUUCUUGAUAAAACACAUAACAAAAUGUAUAGAAAAUGCUGGUCUAUGA